GGAGGUAUGGGCUAUCGACCAACAACAACCUUGCGGCGGAACAGGCAAAAAACGGCAUCGACCCACGAUAUGACCAGGGACCGGAUUGAUCUUUCAAAACCCUGGCAUCUGGCAACACCGCUUACGCACUUGCUCAUCCGGCAAUGCCGGUUCUACUAAAAGGUGGGGGAGCCAGGCAACAACCCAACGCUCACUGCUCAGCCGGCGGCGGCGUUCCAAAGCUACUCUUGAACCUCGGAACGCACGCUUUUACAUUGGGAGAGUGCACUUUUAACGGCGUCAUGCAGAAUAUGCCGAUGACGCUUCUUCUCGAUUGCUGGGAGGAAGGCUUGAGCAUGACCCAGCUCAAGUUUCAAGAAAAAGCCAACAGCGAGAUGUCGGAGUUCGAGAGAAAGAUCAGCGAGGUGUACGACAUGGUUGGGAACUAUUCUCAAUCUUUUAAUGCCGCUGCACCUACCACUCCCACCACAUCAAGCCAGCUGAUUCUUCCGAAUGCCCAGCAAACGCCCCAUCUAAAUGGAUCAUAUGUUGUCGUCGAGCCAAACAACCAGCUAAAGUUAGUUGUACAACCCGUACCUGCAGUGUCGCAAACUGGUCAAAUUGUACCAACCAACUCUACCCCUGUGAGAUUGCCUUCUACAGUGGGCCUUGAUGAGUUCAACGGCAUGGUAGACAUCAGCGUAGGCAGGUGUAAUGUUACUUCAAUAUCUUCUGGAACUGGAAGGAAAAUCUUGUUUAAGCCGGGACCAAGAUUUGCACCAACGCAGGUAGUGUCAGCUAGAAGUUAUAGUCCACUUGUAAGGCCAGCGAAUAUGCCUGUACAAAUAGCUGGUCAAAAAUCAACAUUAGUUCAAGCUAGUUCAUCACCAAUUUCCAUUGCUCCAACAACAGUUCAAACUGCUGCAACACCACCAGUUCACAUUAUUCCUAAGAUUACUCAAACGCAAGUUCAGGCUGCUCCAGCAGGACGGGACUUGCAGAUCUUAGGGUUACAGAACAACGCAGUCCCUCCUUGGAACCGGCCGGUCAAAAAGAGAAUAUCAAACACUGAUGUUGUGGAUUUGACUUCAGAAGACGUUACAGGAGAUGAAUCCUCUCACAUAGGAGGGAUUUUGCCCGAGGAUGAAAACCUUUCCAGAGAUGAGACUGAAAAGACAUUUCCUUCAUUGGUUGUUGUUGCAAGAGCUUUUAUAUCCACAAAAAGUAUAAGCACAGCUAAUGAAAAUUUGGCUAGAAGUCGACUUGAUUCCAAAGUAAAACAGGUGCUGGUUCUUGGUCCUACUGCUUUGACGGAAUACCUCCUUCAACAACAAUUGAUAAAAAGUAAACAGACAUGUAGAACACAUAAUACACCUUGUAAAUUAGGAAUGUAUAGCGAAGCAUCGAAGCUGCCCAAUUCAGGAGGAUAUGUUUGGGUCAGCGAGUGUUGUCCUGACGUCCUGACAUCUGUUUUUGCCGGAUCCAUAUUUGAAGGUGCGCCUCACCCUCCUACGCUCAUUUUAAAGCUCAUUUAUCAUUGGGCCUGCCAGACAUCUGUACAAAAUGUCUUGCACUGGGUAAAGGUCAGCAAUAUUUAUGUUAAAAAAAUGUACACCUUUCUCCGGUCGGUUUGUGUGGCUGUUGUUCACCAGCAUUUCCCCAUUUUAGGAGGCCCUGGCAAAAUUGUUGAAGUCGGUUUGAUUAGCUUAGGAACAGGUACAACAUCAGGGAAGAAUAUAUUAAAACGGGUAAAAGUUGAAGUAUUAGGUAUCUAUGAUCAGACAAAGCGUUGGAUUAGGUUAAAAGCACUGGAUCCUAUACCGGAUACUGAAGCUUACAAAAGAAAAAAAUUUCUUCGGUGCUUACAGACUUUAAAGCAAUACAUCGACAAAGAUUCAAUCAUUGUGACUGACAUAUGUGCUGAUGAUCCAGCAUGGCAAAGCGUUGGAUUCACGCAUGUCGAACAAUCUAAACAAACAGGCCUUUCGAAUAAAAAUGUAAUGAAUUACAUUAGGAAUAUAAUACCGAGAAUGUUUCAAAAUACUUUAUCACUGCUGUCACGACAAUUGAUCCAACAGUUUUUCGAUGAGCUAGUAUGGAGGGAGGCAUGGGGCUUCGUAUCUUGCAAAGCCUAUGCCAGAAUUAUAAGGGAUAUUGUAGAACUUACACGACUAGAAACAGAUAUACCACUUGUUAAGAUUCUAGUUAAAAUUGCGACGAAUCCUUUUAAAAAUUGGCAAUAUGAUAAAUGGGUCGUGAAUUGUUCUUCAUUGCAGGACUCCAAUUUGGCAUUACAAUCAACAACGUCUUUAAAUAUAGAUUCACCUUUUAUGCAGGAUUAUACAGUAAAUGAUCCUGAGAUUCAAACUGAAACACUCCAAAUGACAAAUGCAGAACGUGUCGGAAAUAAUGUAUAUCUCGAAUCGUAUUAUUAUGGCAGCUACGAAGGAGAGAAUAUUAGCAAAUCUAAUCCUUUAUACAUGGAGUGUACUCUGUGUUUCAAAGAUUUUCGAGAUAACGCCCAGUUCUCAGAUCAUCUCAUUUUGCACGCACUCAAUAAAAAUUUCCCAAAGUGUGAAACGUACAAGGAUGUUUGUAGAAUAUGCUUAAAAGUGCCCAAUAUAUCGAUGAAUGCUCAUGUGAAUGCGAACCACAAAGAGCCGAUGAAUCAGCUGAGGAGUUGCAAAAUCUGUAAUAUACAAUUUAAGCAAGAAUAUAUGCUCAUCAGUCAUAUGACUUCAAAGCAUAAUGAGCUCGAGUUACCAUACACAUGUGAAAUUUGUUACUUCCGAACCUCAAUUUUUGAAGACAUACAAAAUCAUUUUUCAGUGGCGCACAAAAAUAUUUCAUGUGCCCAGUGCCCGUUUUGUCUCAAAAUAGUCAACUUAGUCAAUGGUUUAGGCGAAGACUUGUUACACAAUCAACUUUAUUUUAUCAAACAUAUUCAGAGGCAUCAACUUCCGUUUAGGAGGAAAUGUGAUAGAUGCGCAUUAUCUUUCACUAGUUCAGCAAUACUGAAGGAUCACAUAGAAAAAAAACAUACAGCAUGCAAAACAUUCCAAGGUAUAACAAGGUAUAAAGUAAGUUCAGGGAAAGGAAUUUUAAUGUCAGUACCAUCAACACAAGUUCCAAUCACUUUCCCCCCCGUGGACGAUUACAAAUCGUACAAGUACCAAUUCCAGAUUCCAGAUGAUUUUAGCGAUAAUCUGACAUUUGAUGAAAACUUGACAUUUUUACUGUGCCAGGAAUGCGACGGGCCCCUGUCCUCAAAGCAUUUCACACGCGAGCCGAUGGUAUGUAAAAUCUGUCAAAAGUACAAGACACACUGUUCGUAUGCAUUGUGCGAACACGAACUCAUUUGGCACGUGAAAGACACUUCCAACGGUGUUGAUUAUUCAUGGUUCGAAAAGGGCAGCUUCAGUAGCCCUUCGAUGCAAAAACCUCUUCACUGCACCCAAUGCCUUUAUACUUCAACAGAUGGAAAUGAGAUGGCUACCCAUAUCAUGACAAGCUGUCCAACAGCAUUUUGUACCAAGGAUAAAAGGAAGGCUCAGUUAAAAACAGGCAGUGACUUUAUCCCUGAAUCAGUAAAUAAGCGUAAAAGGAAAAAGAAAACUCCUCUUACAUUAAGGAAGAGAAGAAAAACACAACCAUCGCUAUGCUCCGAUGAGUCUUCAGAUGAUUCGACCAUCGAUAGCAUAAAGUCUUCCAAUUCUUCACAAGAUACAUAGUAAAUGGUGAAAGGGUUCAAUGCAGCAGACAGAAAGGAGAACAAUCUAAAAGUCACACCCCAGGCAAAUGUUGACAUUUAGACAGCGUUUCAAUUUUGUAUAUAUGUAUAGGUUGAUGUCUAUUCCUGUUUUAUAAAAUAUGACAAUUUUCAUUGAUUCCUCAUCAACAUGAAUGAAACGCUACUUUAUAAAUAUAAAUAUGUAUAUAUAUGAUUGUUAUGAAUAUACACUACUAGGGAGUAAGUUUGAUAAAUAAAUUAUUCAUAUUUUUCCUA